CGUAAAACCCCAGGCCCUUCAGAAUCCAAAACCCCCAUUAUUCUCACCCACGAAACCCUAGGUGGUCCCGCGGCGGCGAUGGCGACCGGCGGCGACAAGCCACCGUCCCUCGACGCCGACGUCGACAUGGCCGACCUCGCCUCCCUCGACGCCCCGGCGGCCUCAUCCGCCGCUGCGGCCGGCGUCCCCUCCACCCGCUUCCGCCCCAAGGCCAAGGGCAAGCCCAAGCCGAAGCCCGAGGCCCCCAAGCCCGUACCUGUGGCCGUGCCCAAACCGGAGCCGGAGCCGGAGCCGAUGCCGGACCCGGCGUCGGCGGCGGAGCCGGAGCCCGAGGCCGCCAACGCCGCGCCGCCGGAGGAUGAUCGCGUGGACGCUAUGGAGGUGGACGGGGCGGGGGACGCUGCUGGUGUUGGGGAGCGGGCUGAGGCGGAGGAGGAGGAGGAAGACUUCGUGGUGCGCGAGAUCGAUGUGUACUACACCCCCAAGCCCUUCGAUGACGACACCAAGCUGUACAUUAUGCAAUAUCCCCUGAGGCCAUGUUGGCGCCCUUAUGAGUUAAAUGAGAUAUGUGAAGAGGUUCGCGUGAAGCCAUUGAGUUCAGAAAUUGAAGUUGAUUUGAGUGUCGAUACACAGAGUGAAAAUUAUGACCAAGAGGCACCUUUGAGACUGACAAAGCAGACACUAUCAUCAUCAAAGGCAGAUGAUGUUUCUGAUUAUGCGAUUGGAGUACUUAAGGGCAACUUGGUUCAUUUGAAUCAUAUUGAUGCAGUUGUGCAACUGCGACCAUCAAUGUCACAUGUAUUUUCUGGUCGAGCAUAUACUAGGCAGGCUUUACAAUCUCGGGAAAUGAAUGGUGGUGCUAGUGGCUCAAAGGCUUCAUCUCGUAAGGGAGACGAGCACCCAGAAGAUUCUAAGGACCAUGCAGAAGAUUCUGAGCCAUGGAUUUCUCUCACGUACCAACCAACAGGGAGUAAUAUUUCAACCAAGUACCAUGAUAAGAUGAUAUCAAAUGAGGGUGGACCUAUUGAUUUCACAAUGAGGAACUCUGAUUAUGUAAUGUCCUUGUGUCCUGGAGCCUCAACUAGCAGCAGGCAUAUUAACAAAUGCCAAGCAAUAAGGGAGAUGCUUUUGCUACCACUGGAAGAACGCCUGAAAAAAUGGUUUACAGAGGUUUCAGAAGUAAAUCAGUUUGAUGCUCUGAAGCACCUUGCUCCAACCUAUUCAGAGGAAGAAAUCUUGAAAGUGCUUCCAGAGUAUGCAUAUUUGGUGCGUGGUUUAUGGGUCUGCAAAAGUUCUUUGUUGUUUGAUGAUGGAUAUGCUUCCAAAAGAGAUAGAGUUCUUCUUGAAUUUACAAAAAUGGAGUCCAUCCCUUCAGAUACUCUAGAUGCAUGGAUCAGACUGGAUGACCCUAAGAGGAAGAGGAUACUGUUUCCAUUGUGUAAAAGGCGUGGAAUUCUGAAGGACUAUAAAUUUAUAUCGGCAGAUUUGUCCUUUUUAAAACGCUACCCUCAUAUAGUCAAUGAACAAGAGUGUGCUUGGUCUGCUCGUGAGAUGAUUCUCCAUGAGUCUCCAAAGAUGUGCAGUACAGUGCCUCGGAAGGGCAAGAAUUCAACCAGACCUAAUGUUGCUUCUAAAGGGCCUCAUCCAAAUACGAGCAAGGGCAGGGAUGGCCCUGCUCAAGGAAGUGAUGACCUUGUGCAGUCUGUUUUGGGUACUGUUUUUACUGCCAAUAAAGUUCGCAGCAUGCAGGCAGUUGUUAGAGACUUGCGCCAGUUGGCUGCAAAAUAUGCUUCCAAUAGAAAGGAUGUAUCAAAAUUCCAAGCUCUGUCUGAUGCUGCAAAAUAUUGUGCAUCACUCCCUCAUGAUAAGCUGAAAAGUUCGAUACUUUUAGUUGCUGUUGAUGUUCAUGAUGUAUUUGUUGCAAAGCAUGAGAAUAAGCUUGCUCUACGAAACGUACUCAUUUUGCUCUUCCGUAAAAAAGAACCCAAUGCAACAUUGACCAAGCAGGAAAUUCUUGCUGCUGCUGCAAAGAUUAUAAAAAGAGAGGUUACUGAUAGGGAGUACCAUCAGGUUGUGACUGAGAUCUGCAUUUCUACUGAAGAUGGACACUUGGUAUUGAAAAAUGGCGACGAGCCCUGAAUUCACUGUGAUAUGCCUUGUAAAGGUCCAUUGGACUUCUGACAAGAUUCUUAUCAACUGACAGAAGAUUUUAAAGCUGGCAUCAAGUCAGCGCUCAUCAUACUAAAUAUCCUAAUUUCUGGGUGUUAUAUAAUAUAAUAUUGGUCCACUCAAGCUUUAUGGAGUAUUGCAAGUUUUGCAGGGUUAGCAAAAUUGCAGAGUAGUUUGUGAGCCACUUCUAGUCCUCAUCGUAUCAUGGUUACUAGAUUCUUUCCGUCGACUGAGAGCUCGGUGGGACUGCCGAAUUUGGAAAUGGCUGUCGCCAUGGCUGGAAUGAUAUCUCAGCUGGUUAAUAUUGUAUAUAUUUUUUGCUCUUAAUCCUCUGUUUCGAACGUACAACUUUGGCUUUUGGAUGAACUGCAUUCUAGUUUAAACUUCAGUUUUUGAAAUCUGGUUAUUUUAAACGUUUCGCUGCUGCUGGUAAUCGUCUGUCCAAGAAAAUAAUGAAUUUAGUUAUAGAUUCCAUGGACCGAGGUUGUGUUUGGUUAA